GUGAUGGCAACGAUGACUUUCCCCUAUAUCCAGGCAACAUCCUAGACAACGUGUGUGGCACCGAUGGCGAUCCCACACCUUCUUCAGCCCUGGCAGAUGACCCGUUGUCCGAUGACGACUCUUCACCUCGUUCACUUCAACAAGCAAGCAUCUUUUUCCCUCAAGGCACCUUAACCAUCCCUCUGGACUUUGAAUUGAGAGAGUCUGCAGUUCCCGGUGCAAAUCUGGGCAUCUGGAGCCGCAGAAAGGUGAAUAUAGGGGAGCGUUUUGGACCAUAUGAGGGAGAGCACACGCCUUAUCUCCAAGAUCCCACUCAAGGCUGGGAGAUCUUGGACGGGUCAGGCCAUGUAAAGUUCUGCGUGGAUGCCAGCAAGCCAGACGCAGGGAGCUGGCUGAAGCACAUCCAGUUUGCCCCUGCGGCCACGCAGCAUAACCUGAGAGCGUGCCAGAUAGAUGAUCAGAUCUUCUACAAAGUCACCAGAGAGAUUUUCCCCGGCGAGGAGCUGCUGCUUUUCAUGAAGGCUGAAGAGUACUUCUGCGACGCGAUGGCUCCUGACAUUCAUGAGGAGAGGCAGUACCGCUGUGAGGACUGUGACCAGCACUUUGAGUCCCGCAACCAGCUGCUGGACCACCAGAAGGAGCCGUGCGGGAUGCCCCCCUCCGCCUUCCUCAACCCAGGAGGGGACGGUGACCUGACAGCUCAAGAACCUGAAGAUUUGCGGCCCCUUCAUAUGUCUCAUGGCCUGCACGAGUGUAAGGAGUGUGACCAGGUCUUCCCUGAUGUCCAGAGUCUUGAGAACCACAGCCAGUCGCACUCCGAGGAGAGGGAAUACAAGUGCGACCAGUGUCCCAAGGCCUUCAACUGGAAAUCAAACUUGAUCCGACAUCAGAUGUCGCACGACAGCGGCAAGCACUACGAAUGUGAAAACUGCUCAAAGCAGGUGUUCACAGACCCCAGUAACCUGCAGAGGCACAUUCGCUCUCAGCACGUCGGGGCUCGGGCCCAUGCCUGCUCCGACUGUGGCAAGACGUUCGCAACGUCUUCGGGCCUCAAGCAGCAUAAGCACAUUCACAGCAGUGUCAAGCCCUUCAUGUGUAAGUCACUAAGACCCUACCUAUGUGAGGUAUGCCACAAGUCCUACACCCAGUUUUCUAACCUUUGCCGGCACAAACGCAUGCACGCUGACUGUCGCACACAGAUCAAAUGCAAGGACUGCGGGCAAAUGUUCAGCACCACCUCGUCCCUCAACAAGCACCGGCGCUUCUGUGAAGGAAAAAACCAUUUCACAGCGGGCGGGCUGUUCGCGCAAGGUUUGCCGCUGCCCGGCACCCCUGGCUUAGACAAAUCCGCGCUCACACUCGGUCACAGCAGCACUGGACUUACUGAUUACUUCGGGGCGAGCCGCCACCACGGCGGGCUUACUUUCCCUGCUGCCCCUGCGUUCCCUUUCAGCUUCCCUGGCCUGUUCCCUUCUGGACUAUAUCACCGGCCUCCGCUCAUCCCCGCCACCUCCUCUCCUGUCAGACAGGCAGCUCAUGCACCUGUUGCGGGGCCCGGCGCGGAGCUGAGUAAAAGUCCCCUGCUUCCUCCGAGCCCCGGCGCCUUCGAGUCUCAAGAGCUGCUGAAGGCUCUGCGCAAAAACGGCAGUUCACCCGGAAACGACAGACAAGACUCGGAGCUCCGCAAUCAGGGUUCCUCGGGGUCUGCGAAGCAGCAGAACAAGCAAAGUGAUCAGUCUGAGAGCAGCGACGUGGAUGACCUCAGCACACCGAGCGGAAGUGACCUAGAGAGCACAACGGGCUCUGAACUCGAAAGCGACAUGGACAGCGAAAGGGAGAGGGGAGCUGCUCGAGAGAACGGCAAGGGUUCCAGGAGGAAGCCCAGCGAGAGAGGCCCUCAAAGCCCCGGCUUGAUGGGCAGCAGUACCGCUAAAGACUUUCCAGGCCAGUCCCUGAUUCAGUCCUCACUAGACGAGCACACGGCUGUAACAGGGGCCGUAAAUGACUCUAUAAAGGCCAUUGCCUCCAUUGCAGAGAAAUAUUUUGGCUCAGCUGGGCUGGCUGGCUUGCAGGACAAGAAGGUUGGGUCUCUGCCCUACCCCUCUAUGUUUCCACUGCCUUUCUUCCCGGCUUUCUCUCCACCCGUUUACCCCUUGCCAGACAGGGACCUCAGACCGACAGGCAUGAAGGGUGAGCCGCAGUCGCCGGGAGACGACUGCAAGAAGGCCCAGAGCAAGUCGUCUGAGUCACCGUUUGACCUCACAACAAAGCGAAAGGAGGGGAAGCUGUCCCUGUUUGUUCCCCCCAAAGCCGAGGUCUCCGGUGUGACUGGGCAGGACCAGCCACUCGAUCUGAGCCUGGGGUCCAGGGGCCGUGGACGCGUUCCAAGUCAGGAGGAGCCCAAGAAGAGCAAAAGCUACGAAGAGGAGAAGAGAGCGGCGGAAGUUCCUAAAGCAGACACCUCUCUGCAGCAUGCCAGGCCCACCCCUAUUUUCAUGGACCCUAUCUACAGCAGGGUUGAGAAGAGGAGAAUGAGCGAUCCGUUCGAGACUCUGAAAGACAAGUACAUGCGGCCCGCUCCAGGCUUCCUUUUCCAUCCACAAUUUCGUUUGCCAGAUCAGAGAACUUGGAUGACGGCCAUCGAGAACAUGGCGGAGAAGCUGGAGACCUUCGGCUCCUUGAAGCCAGAGUCCGGGGAGCUGCUGCGCUCCGUCCCGUCCAUGUUUGACUUCAGAGCUCCGCCCUCCACACUUCCAGAGACGCUGCUGCGUAAGGGCAAGGAGCGCUACACAUGCAGAUACUGUGGAAAAAUAUUCCCUCGCUCGGCCAACCUGACUCGCCACCUCAGGACUCACACAGGAGAGCAACCAUACAGGUGUAAAUACUGCGACCGCUCCUUCAGCAUCUCCUCCAACCUGCAACGGCACAUUCGCAACAUUCACAACAAGGAGAAGCCCUUCAAGUGCCACCUGUGCGACCGCUGCUUCGGCCAGCAAACCAACCUGGACCGCCACCUCAAAAAGCACGAAAACGGCCACCUGUCAGGAACAGCGAUGUCGUCCCCGCAGUCGGAGCUGGACAGCGGCAGCGCCAUACUUGACGACAAAGAAGACUCCUAUUUUAACGAAAUAAGAAAUUUCAUCAGCAGCACGAGUCAGAACCAGACAUCACCCGACCCCUCUGACGAAGGGCUAAAUGGAGGCCCACUGGAAGAGGGGAAGAUGCCCAGCCUGGGGUCACGUGACGUGGAAGACGAAGAGGCCGAAGACCUGGAUGCCGAGGAAGAAGAAGCAGAGGAGCCGGGCAACAGUCCCGAGAAGAGGGAGGUCAAGGUCCAUCCCGGCAGCCUCGGUGAUGAUGAAAUGGAUUUCAGCGAGCCCAACGACCUAAACCUCAGCUGUAAAACCUCUCCAACGAGGUAUACGCACGAGGAGGAACAGAGCAGCUUCUCAGCUUUGGAACACAUCCAUCGUUUCUCUGACCUGCGCAAAAUGGAGGAGAGCGAGCUGAGUGAUGGAGAUGGAGACGAGGACGAUGGAUCCUUUGGCUCUCCAUCACUCGCCGAGGCAGUGAAACAGCCACUCUUUAGGAAAUCCAAGUCUCAGGCAUACGCCAUGAUGUUGUCUCUGGCCGAAAAGGACUCCCUCCACACCGCCCCCCACACUCCGGCCACCAUGUGGCACAGUCUGGCUCGGGCCGCCGCUGAAUCCAGCGCCAUCCAGUCCCUUAGCCACGUAUGAUGGCGCCCAACACCGUUGCAUUCCACAACCCCUGACCCACUUGUGGCGGUGGGAGUCCGCCACAGUGGCUAUCAGCGGGUCCCCGACCGUCCACAGAGUGACUGCUGAGCAGAACCACAGCCCAUCUGACUGCCUUAAACACGAAGCAGGGUCACUGUCCACACAAAACCCCUUUGGCAGAUCAAAAAAAAAAAAAAAAAAACUAAAAUGAUUUUUUUUUCACAUUGACACCAACUGAGUUGCGGUUAAAAAAAAAAUGACGCUAAAGUAAUAAAAGCUGUAUUUAUUCCUCCGAGUUUCUCUGUUUUGCACAGCAAAGGCAGCUGAUGCAGACGGCAAAGACGAUUCUGCAGGUGCGUCGAUGCUUGAGCACAUACAAGGCAGGGGGAACGUUCCUGAGGGUCGGUUUCAACAUAGCAUGUUUCGUUGCGUGUAAUGCAAAAAAAAGGGCGGGAACACAAAUCCAACACGAACCCACAUAGGGAGCCACGGAUGCUGAGCUUUUUUAGAUGAAAGCUGCUCCUUGUAAAGAUGGCAAGAUGAAUAUUGCAGAUUAUCUAGAAGACAUUACAUGAAAAGGAGUUCCCCUGAACUGAGGCCCGUUUCCUGUUUGUGUGUUCACGACUGCGUGUGUCUAUACAAUCACAGCACUGUAUACAAGUUUCAAGCAGAGCUCUGUCCUGUCCACCUGCGCUCUAUGUGAACAGAUAUAAAUAGUCUUUUUAGUGUAAGAGAAAACAAUGUUUUCCUCUUUUUUUUUUUUUCAUUGGUUUUGUUAUUUACUGAAAUAAGUAGCCAGUGCUGACAGUUAUUGUCAUUCUGUAAAGAGCAUAUGUCUUUUUUUUUUUUUCAAAAAUUCUUGAAAUCAUCCUAGCCAACCAACAAUACCACUAAAUAGCCUGAAUGCUAGUUGUUAGCAACUCCAUUCUCACGCGUCUUUCAUUUUUUUUAGACAAUCAUUUUUUUUCUUUUUUUCUUUUUUUCUUUUUUUUGGUUGGUGUUGUCGUUGUUAUUUGCUGUUGUAUUUUUGAGAAUUGUAUUUAUUUCUUGGCAAACUGUAGUUUGUUUACUGAAUAGCACUGCUCUUAGCCCAGGCGAAAGAGGGAGAUUCCCACCGCGGGCCAAAUUUCGAUUCCUCAUUCGUGGGGGGGGGGGAUUUGUAGAUGACGUUUGAUUGCCGGAUAGUAUUAAACAUGCAGUUCACUCCUUACUCUACUAAUUAAACCAGUCAAUGAAUAGAUUUUGUUUAGGUUUUUGUUUUGUUUUUUUAUGAUUCAAUUGUAAAAAAAAAAAAAAAAAAAAAAAAAAAAAGAGAAAAAAAUAUAUAAAAAAACGGAAAUCAUAAGUUGUUUAAAGGACGAACAAUGAAAAUAAGUCAGGUUUGAUUUGAUCCGAAGCGCAUGGUUGGUCUGUAAAGAUCUAUAUCUGACAUUUUCUAUGACUGUCUGCAAAGCUUGUGUGGUGUUCGGUUCAUGUUAAUCCCUUGUGCCAAACUUAUGAUGAAUAACAAAUGACCUUUUUGUUAAUUCUCCCGUUUUGAGGGACCAGACUUCCUGUUUGUCUUUUGUGUUUUUUGUUCUGUUCAUUUGUUUGUUUAUAAUCGAUUUUAAAACUUAAUCAGCAAGUUGAGGUACUUUGUUUUAAUGCUUUCUACAAUGUAACUGUUAUGCAUUUCAAUUCAAUACUGUGGGAGGAACAACUAAGAAAAUAAAAGAAUACAAUGUG